AUGUCAAACAAGCAAGAAUCCCCAACAACCGCCCAUCCCGCCACCAGUAGUAGCUCCAUGGGCGGCGCAUCCCACCGACGCUCGAGCAGCGGCAUCUCCGACGACGCAGCCAAGUCUGCUCACGACUUCAUGGCCGGCACCAUCCGCCGCUCGUCCAGCGGCGUGACCGACGACGCAGCCCUUGCGGCGCGUGAGUUCGUACGGUCCUCCUCGUCCUCCUCCAGCACCAAAACCCCGGGCCUGAACGACGACCUGACCCAGAAGAUGCACAACUUCAUGGAGGGUCCGGCCACGCACGGGCAGAGCCACAGCAAAUACUUGCCCGAUGUCACCAUGCCGGGCAUCACGGAUGAAGUUGUGGAGGAGGCUGUUGAGUUUGUGGACGGUGUCGAGAAGAGCGCGCCAAAGGCUUGA